AGUGCGCAGUGGGCACAACACCUGCCAGUGCGCAAAGAGACCAGGGGGAAAAAAACUAAUUUAUCAAACUUAUGGGGGUAACAAACACAUCACUAGAGGGCAGUGGUCAGUGACUGGUGAGAGAGAGCUCAGGAGAAGGAGCGCGUGUAAACAUGGCGGCAGUGGCAUCGGCUCCAGUAAACCUGCGCCACUGUUCGGCCCAAAGCGCAGUCUGAAAGCGGACACAGCGCACUGAAACAUGGCCCAAGUGAAGCUGAAGCAAGAGCCGGAGCUGUGGGAGCCUAAGGAGCCGAAGAAACCGAAGCAUGGGGACAACAGUGUGGGCGGUGGGUGCCCAGAGGACCCAUACUGCAAAGGUGUUCAGAUCAUGGAAGUCACCCAUUCAGCUCAAUGUGACAUUAAAGAAGAACAAGAGGAAGUGAACCUGGAGUGUCCAUACAUCAGCGCUAUAGUGAAGAGUGAAGAUGAGGAAGAGGAUGAAGCAGAGGAGGAAGAUGGUGACGGAGCAGAACCAGGCGAAGGACACUCCUCUGACACUGAUGACUCUGAGGCCUGGACAGCUGAAAGUCCUACUCCACAAACAGAGCUCAGUGAGCAGCUGCAGGAGUUGGCUGCCAGUGACGUCGUUAGUGGAGAGGGGAAUGAUGCUGCAGAUCCAACCAAACCUCACAAAUGCCCUCACUGUGGGAAAGUGUAUCGCUUCGUGACGUUCUUAAGGACGCACAUGAGGAUGCACACUGGAGAGCGACCCUUUGAAUGUUCAGUCUGCGCCAAGAAUUUUGCAUCCAAGUGUAAUCUUAAAGUACACAUGAGAAUCCACACGGAAGAGAAACCAUACAGGUGUACAGUUUGCGACAGGGGGUUUAAGUACUACAACAGUCUCAAAGCACACAUGAACACACACUUAGAAGAAAAGCCAUUCAAGUGCUCGCUUUGCCCGAAGAAAUUUUCAACCGAACACCUUCUCAAACUGCAUAUGAAGACGCACACAGGGGAACGAGAUUUUGUCUGUUCUUACUGCUCUAAGGCCUUCACGCAAAAAAGUAUUUUACGGAUACACAUGAGGACGCACACAGGAGAGAAACCAUACAAGUGUUCAGUUUGUGACAAAGAUUUCAUAGUGAAGAAUCAUCUAGCACAACACAUGCCAACUCACACCGGAGUGACACCAUUCAAAUGUACUGUGUGCGGAAAGGGGUUUGGCACACAGAGUAAUCUCACAAUACACAUGAGAAUCCACUCCGAAAAGAAACCUUACAGCUGUUUGAUUUGUGCAAAAGCGUUUAAAUACAACAACUGUCUCAAAGCACAUAUGAAGACGCACACAGGCGAGAGACCAUUCAGGUGUUCUGUUUGCUCCAGGGGUUUUACAGUAAAGAGUAAAGUCAACCAGCACAUGAAGAUCCAUACACAACAGCAGUCCUUCAGCUGUCCAGUCUGUGCCAAGAGUUACAUCCAGAAGAGCCGCUUUGAGAUCCACAUGAAGACACACUCGCAGUGAUGUGGGUCAUGGAAUACUUAAGUGGAACGCGCGAGAUCGUACAUAAUUAGAAGCUUUUUAGGCUUUUGUCAAAAACUGGAAGAGUGCUGCUUCUGUUUUUGCCUGAACUACUGGUAUGUGCAACAGCUGUGAGAAUGCAACAGGACUAAAUAGAGACUAAACUCCUCUUAGCUGUGCAUAAAAAAGGUGACUCAAGUCUUCUGUCUCCCAUAGCUCAUCUGCAAGGUGAGUUCAUCUGUCUCCCAUAGCUCGUUUCCAAGAGUUCAUCCUGCCACAUGCUUAGCCCUGGAGGACUACAGAUGCCCUCCCUGCUCACUUAUUAUUCAUGAUUAGAAGUGAUGCGAGGCCACCUUGAUAGACUUUCACGCACAGAGAUUAGACCAAAUGAUACUCUUUUAGGCACCAGCCUACUACAACUACUAUAAUGAUAACAUAAUCAGUAGCAUUGUAUCUUACCAUUUGUCCAUACCAAUGGUGUGUACAAGGUACAAAUGUACAAAGGUAGAGUGAUCCUCCAGUGUUGCUGUACUUGUUUUCUAUAUCACAUAAUUUCACAUAAUUAUAAUUUUGUGUCACGUUUUAAUGUGAAAACAAUCAUGAGACUGCUCAUGUGUCACCAUAGGCAUCUGAACAAA